GGACAAUCCCUCAGAUUAGAGCUUGACCCGCAGGAUUUGUUUCAGGAGAUGCACCUGAUUCUACCGGAAACAGUCAGAGCUGAACCAGCCCUGAUGUAGAUUUAUUGUAUCUUCCCACUGGAUCCUUUUAUAAAAUAAUUUUUGUGAUUUCAGGGGUUUUUAUUCAUGCAUGUAAGAAUUUAUUAUCUCCAUGUGAGGCUUUUAUAGAGGUAUCCUGUCCAAGAGAAAAGAGGAGUCGGGUUUAUUACGCAGAUACUCCGACUGAUUUGUUUGCAGAUGAUGUGCUGUUAACAGGAGGGUGAGUUUGUCAUUAGCUUUCCACAAUCUGAUAAUGAAUGAUAUUCCAGCUUCCGGUGGAAACCUCUGCUAUAAUCCUCCCAGAUUUCCGCACAAAGACAGAUUGCGUCCUGACAACCUGCCAGGGACGUCACGGCUUUACUGGAUGAAUUUUGCCGCAAUUUUUGCGUCUUUCUGAUGUAAUGAAAACGGCAGCAGGGCGUCAGCUUCUUUUUCCAUCAGUGGUAAAAUGAGGAAAGCUGUUUUUAAAGAAGCUGCUAAGCGCUUCCCCUGGCUGGCCAACGUUACCCUGUACGGCUGCUUGUUCGCCGGCGGGGACCUGGCGCAUCAGCUGGUCGCGCAGAGGGAGCGCAUUGACUGGAAACACACCCGCAACGUGGCCAUCGUAGCGAUCACUUUCCAGGGAAACUUCAACUACUUCUGGCUGCGCGCUCUGGAGAGAUGUUUCCCUGGAAAAUCCGCAGGGAUGGUUUUCCGCAAACUCCUGCUGGACCAAAGCUUUGCGUCACCUUUGGCCACCAGCGUCUUCUACACAGACUGGACUCAUGUACUGGCCCUUCAUGCAGUUUCUGAACUUCGCCCUGAUGCCGCUGCACAUGCGCACAGCCUUCAUGGGCUGCUGCGCGUUCCUCUGGGCCUCCUUUCUGUGUUUCUCACGGCAGAACGGGGAUGGCACUGCCACCGUGGCCCUGGCAUUCAUCAUGGACCCCCGGAAAACUCUAGAGGAGAUGCGCGAGGCUCGGUUGGCUCGGAAGAGGCAUAAAAUUCAGAGGGAAAACUGAGGAAAGAAACAAUAAAAGAAGGAAGAUGGAGCUGUUGCCAUGAUGGCCUUUGACAUUCAGUAGAAAAAAAUAACCAGUUGUUUGCUUUUGCUAAAGCAGCAUCCAGAAGCUGAAAGGCAACAGAUUUAAUCAGGACCAUUUCCAUCUGUCUCACGCGCACAAAGUUUAACUGAUAUGACCAAGGACUUGAUGCAUGCAAUAACAUGGAGCUUUAUCAGGCAGGAAAAGUCUGAUAAAAGACUUUAAAGUUGCAUCAGCUUCUUGAAACUGUAAGAAGUACCCAUAUAUGGACUGACACAGCCACUGGAAGAUCAAGAAAUAAUGUAACUGUUUAUGCAGUAAAAUUGGUGUCAGGUAGCUAAACAGACCAAAUACAAAUGGCAGUAUUUUGAUACCACAACCUGAACAAAUCCAUAAAUAAUUUAAAUUUGGACCAAAUGAGGGAGGUGCUGAGGGUAAGGUCCAUACUGUUUAAUUCGAAAAUGCAUAUUUUUAAUAUUUUAGUCUAACAAAUGUUCUCCAGUUUACUUAACACCCAUUGGAGUCUAUUUCAGGGGAGACCAAAGGGACAAAAAUGGAUAAAGUCAACUCCUGUUGUUUAUAGUGAGGAAAAAUAUCAUCUUGUUUCCUAAUUGUCUGAGCCCCCACCUCAACAAAAACUUUCUGAAACUUCAAAUGUAAAGGCUUGACAUAUUUCUGCUUUUCACCAGCUGUGCCUUUACCUGGUGAUGUGACUGCCAUGAUCUGCAGGUCUAUGGGUUCGCAGUAAUCCAUCUGACACGAUAUAUCGUGUAUAUAACCUAAUGCUUGAAAAUCUGUUUUUCAUCUGGAAAGUGUGGAGAAGCUUAGCAAAUGUGACCAGAACCUCCUAGAGGUGAAAUCAAAGAAAGGUUGGGAGGUCAGUCAAGGACAAUCACAGUGUUAUACAUGUAUAUCAGACUUAAAGCAGCUUUCAGAAGAUGAAGGAUAAAAGAGGACAUUGAAAUAGUUUGGAAGCUGUUAAAGAUCCAUACCAAUCACAUAUUUUUAGGGGUGUAAUUUUCAUUUUUUCUUGAUUUGCUGGUCAACUUAAAACAUAAAAUAGCCAGUAGGCAAAUUCUUAGAAUCAUUUAUGAGAAUAAAGGAAAUUAACAGAUUCAUUUAGGUUGGUGAGUAAGGACACUCCGCAGCCACAACCCUUAAUCACUCAAUGGUUUACCCAUGCAGCACACUUAACUCAUGUUCUCAGUCCAGAUUCAUCCCACUCAUCUUCCUUAUCCUCCUAUAUGAUACUUUUCCUUUGUCAUCCCACUCAUCCUCCUCAACCGUCUCUGGUACCUUUUCAUCCCUCUAAUCCCUUUUCGUCGAUCUUUACAAUCAUUGAAUAAUCCUCCUCAUUCACCUUUGUGACCCUCUUUUCUACUACUGAUCCUCUGCAUGCCCCUUUACAAUGGUUUUUAUAUCCUGCUGGUCUUUUUCAUCCCUCUUAAAAUCUCAUCUUCAUUCUUAUAUCCCGCAUUACUCUUUGCAACCCAUUUUUAUCCCUCUUUACAGCCUGUUUUUACUCUACUCAUCCUCCAAAUCCUCCCAAAAUAUCAAUUUUCAUCAUAUUCUUCCCAAUAUGUGAUCCACUUUCAUCGUAUCAUUGUAAUUUUUAUUUCUCUUACGGUUUCACCUUCAUUCUCAUUUUCUUCAUCCCUCUUAUCAACCCAUUUGUUUUACAAAUUUUCCUCAUCAUCCCUCUUGACAACUGCUUUUCAUCCCACUCAUCAUCCACAGGCUUUUUUAUUACAUCUAUCAUUUUAAUCCCUUUUACUGUCUCAAUUUCAUUUUGAUCUUCCUCGUGCUUGUUGCAACUCACAAUUAUCCCACUCAUUUCCCUUUCUACCAAUAUAAUUUUCCUUAUUCAUCUUCCUAAUUAUUUUAAAUUAGAUGUUUUUUUUUUUUUUUGUUGACAGGA